GCAACAAAGAUCGGUGGCUUGCCAUCGGUGUCGUCGAUUCAGCCAAGUUGUGUGCCAGGCUGCUGUGAUGACUCGGCAUUCAAGCACCUGACACGGAGAUAACGAUAAAGCCUCGGUCUUUAGUUGCCCUGAAUCACGUACAGCACUGAGGUCUGUAUUCCGUCGAGGUGGGUUGUACCGACUGCCGUCUGGCCCUUCAUGUCUUCUGAGGUUGCAUACGACCCGGCCGGCGACAUGGCCCCGGCAUCGCGACUUCCGAUAGCCUCAUUGUUCUUAAAUUGGCUGAUGAGGCGGUCGGAUGUUGGGUUUGUCACACCUGACUUCAUCCCGGCCCGCUCCAGCCUGCAUGCGAUGAUGGUCCGUGUUGGGGAAAGUACGAGGAGGAUCGGAUUUCAGAGCCCAUCACGCAUGCCACUUUCUGGUUCCUUUUGGGCCACCCCCAGGCACCCCCGGUCGGCGCUCCACACCCGACUACUCAGGUGUCCCGCAAUUCUCCGGGUUCCGGCAUUGGUAGCGAUUCACCGCCUCUCGAUGAGCGUCACAAUCAGCCAACUCGCGCCAACAGCUUCCCACAGCCCGCCCCCAUUCGAUAUCAUCCGCGGCCCGCACGGAGUACCCUGUGGUGUGCUGUCUAUGCCCAGUCGCUCGUGUCUUACUGCGUAGACGAACGACGCGUGACGACAUGUAUCAACCAGGAGCCAGCGCCUCGCGCACUGCCCUGUUGGCCACGACCAAUCACUCCCAGGACAGAGACAGGAUGCGGCAUGCGUGUAUUCAUGCAGCCGUCCCGCCUUGGUGUUGAGCUCACUUCAUAUCCAGC